AUGGACGGUGCUGGGGACUCCUCUCUCUGCUUCCCCAACCUGAACUCGUCCUGCAGGCGGCUGCCGUGGCCCCGCAGUGAGCUGGCGCUCCUCUACGUGCUGCUGGCCUUCGUCUCUCUGCUCACCGUGAGCCUGAACCUGCUGGUCAUCAUCUCCAUCUCCCACUUCCGGCAGCUGCACACGCCCACCAACGCGCUGCUGCUGUCCCUGGCCGUGUCCGACCUGGUGGUGGGGCUGACGGUGAUGCCCAUCGAAGGGCUGCGCUACCUGGAGACCUGCUGGCUGCUGGGCCGGCUCAUGUGUGCGCUGGCGCCGUUCCUCUCCUACUGCCUGAUCUCCGGCUCUCUGGGCCACAUGGUGCUCAUAUCCGUAGACCGAUACCUGGCCAUCUGCCAGCCGCUGCUGUACCCCAGCAGGGUCACCCUGAGCCGGGUGGUGUUCCUGAUCUGCCUGUGCUGGGGCUGCUCCGCCCUUUACAACGGCUGCAUCCUGAUGGGACACCUGAGGCGGCCGCACCUGUUCCGCAGCUGCCACGGCGAGUGCGUGGUGGUCAUCAGUCGCAUAUCAGGAAGUGUUGACCUCCUCUUCUCGUUGGUCGGCCCCUGCUCUGUCAUGCUGGUGCUGUACGCCCGGGUGUUUGUGGCGGCCGUGUCCCAGGUCUCGCGCUCUCCUGCUCCCAUCGUGAAGGGGUCGGAGUGGAAAGCAGCCCGUACUCUAGGCAUCGUGAUCGCCGUUUUCCUCAUGUGCUUCUGCCCGUACUACUACCCCUCCUUCGUAGGCGAAGACACCACCACAAACUUGUCGUAUUUUGCCGUCCUGUCUUGGAUCAUGCAGCUGAAUUCCUGCAUCAAUCCCCUCAUCUAUGCUCUGUUCUACCCCUGGUUCAGGAAGGCGGUCCGACUCAUCUUCACCCUGAGAAUCCUGCAGCCUCACUCCAGCGAGACCAAGCUCCUGUAG